CGCACUGAUGCUAAUGUCUCUGCAACAUCACACAAAGAGCCUGUACGGCUCUACCCUUCGCCACCAGCCCAACACCUCCGCCGGCGGAUCCACCAUCUCUGCUCACCGCCGCGCCGCCUACCUUUUCAGGUCCGAAGGACCGCCAUCUCCAUACAUCCUGUGAUUUAUCGUUAACCCACUCUUCAAGUUAAUCCUCCUCUUCCUCUCUCUAAUUAUUCUCUCAUCUUCGUUAUUUCUCGUCGAUUUCAAAAACCACCUCUUCUCGCCGGUUUUAUCUGUUGAACACGAUGAAUGCUUGAUUUCCACUGUCUUCUCUUCUAGCCUGAAACAUGGAAAAACCCAGUGGAGGUGCUGAUAAGUACAAUGUUGAAGCCGCGGAAAUUUUGGCAAACGAGGCCCAGCAUUUGCCUAUUGCGGAGGCCACACCCAUAUACGAGCAGCUUCUACUGUUGUUUCCAACAUCUGCUAAGUUUUGGAGGCAGUAUGUGGAGGCACAUAUGGCUGUAAAUAAUGACGAAGCUGUCAAGCAAAUUUUCAGUCGGUGUUUGUUGAAUUGCCUUCAGAUUCCUCUCUGGCGCUGUUACAUUAGAUUCAUUAGAAAGGUCAAUGACAAGAAGGGCAUGGAAGGUCAAGAAGAAACAAGAAAAGCAUUUGAUUUUAUGCUAAAUUAUGUUGGAGCUGACAUAGCAUCUGGCCCUGUGUGGAUGGAGUAUAUAUCUUUCCUGAAGUCCUUGCCGGCUAUAAAUGCUCAAGAAGAAUCACAUCGGAUGACUGCUGUGAGGAAAGUCUAUCAGAAAGCUAUUGUCACUCCUACCCAUCACAUUGAACAACUUUGGAAAGAUUAUGAAAAUUUUGAAAAUUCUGUUAGCCGUCAGUUGGCUAAAGGUCUGAUAUCUGAAUAUCAACCAAAAUACAAUAGUGCCAGAGCAGUUUACAGAGAGCGGAAGAAGUAUGUUGAUGAAAUUGAUUGGAAUAUGCUUGCUGUACCACCAAGUGGAUCAUGCAAGGAAGAAAUGCAGUGGAUCGCAUGGAAGAAGCUGUUAUCCUUUGAAAAAGGAAAUCCACAGAGAAUAGAUGCUGCAUCCUCCAACAAACGAGUUAUAUUUACUUAUGAGCAGUGUCUGAUGUAUAUGUACCAUUAUCCUGAUGUAUGGUAUGACUAUGCUACUUGGCAUGCAAAAGGUGGUUCAAUAGACACUGCAAUCAAAGUAUUUCAGAGGUCACUGAAGGCUCUUCCCGAUUCAGAAAUGCUACGAUAUGCUUACGCGGAGUUGGAGGAGUCACGUGGAGCAAUUCAGGCAGCAAAGAAAAUCUAUGAAAGCAUUUUGGGAGAUGGUGUAAAUGCAACAUCGCUUGCACAUAUUCAAUUCAUUCGUUUUCUACGAAGAACCGAAGGUGUUGAAGCAGCCCGGAAGUACUUUCUGGAUGCACGCAAAUCUCCAAGUUGCACAUAUCAUGUUUAUGUUGCUUAUGCUACAAUGGCCUUUUGUCUUGACAAAGACCCAAAGAUGGCACAUAAUGUUUUUGAAGCUGGACUAAAACGCUUUAUGCAUGAGCCUGUUUACAUUCUUGAAUAUGCUGAUUUCUUGACACGUUUGAAUGAUGACCAAAAUAUACGAGCUUUAUUUGAGAGGGCAUUAAGUACACUUAAACCUGAGGAAUCGGUUGAGAUUUGGAAAAAGUUCACUCAGUUUGAGCAAACUUACGGGGAUCUUGCUAGCAUGCUGAAGGUUGAGCAAAGAAGAAAAGAAGCACUUUUUGGAGCAGGUGAAGAUGGAACAGCAGCGUCAGAGAGUAAUUUGCAAGAUGUUGUGUCACGAUACAGUUACAUGGAUCUGUGGCCGUGCACCUCUAAUGAUCUUGAUCAUUUAUCUCGGCAAGAGUGGCUUUCCAAAAGUUUAAAUAACAAAUUGGAGAAGUCUGCUCUACCUAAUGGAAUGGCUCGUUUAGAUAAAGCAUCUACGCAAAGCGUCUCAUCUACCUCAACAAAGGUUGUUUAUCCUGAUACUUCAAAGAUGGUAGUAUAUGAUCCGAAGCAUAAUCCUGCAGCAGGUGCUGGAACAAAUGCAUUUGAUGAAAUUCUGAAAGCUGCACCCCCUGCUUUGGUUGCAUUCUUAGCUAACCUACCUGCUGUUGAGGGCCCAACGCCAAAUGUGGAUAUUGUGCUCUCAAUUUGCUUGCAGAGUGACCAGUUACCAGGACAAAGUGGAAAAGGUGGGAAUCCAACACCAUUGCAAAGUGGUAAAGCAGGGAUUCCAGCACAAUUGCCAUCUGGUCCUGCUACAAGCGAACUUUCUGGUUCAGGCAAGCCUCACCCAGUUCCAAGUGGCUUAUCUUUGAAACCAACCAGUAAUCGAAAUUAUGGGAAGCGGAAAGAAUUUGACAGACAAGAGGAUGAUGAUACCACGACUGUCCAGAGCCAGCCAUUACCUCGAGAUGCUUUUCGGAUACGACAGUAUCAGAAAGCCCGAGCUAGCAGUACUUCACAAACAGGAUCGGUUUCAUAUGGAAGUGCGUUUUCUGGCGAUUUAUCUGGUAGCACUGGUUGACUCGAUAUUUUGAACCAUGCUUCCCUAGGCCUCUGUAAUUUUAAUAUCCCCUCAUGUAACAUUAGCCUCUCUUUUUUAUUUCUUUUCUUAAUUUUAUUUUAUUUUUAAAUUUAUUGUGUACUAAUUUAAGUACUAAAUGUGCAAGUACAUAAACCCUUCUAAGCAGUUGUUGUCCUCUAUAGCUUGGUCAGUUCUAUUAUUAAAUUGAUAUGCCUAUAGAAAGGACUGUCAUGUAUUCGUGUAUCAAUUAUAAUGUUAUUUUUGCCA